UCUCUCUCUCUCUAUCACUAAGCCCAAGGGAAGCAUAGGCCUUCCACCCACGCACCAGGCGAGGGCUUAGGCAAGCACCCACUUUCCCUUUUCCUUUCCUUCAGAGCUCUUGUCUCGCAGCAUUUUCAUCCAUCGUCUCCCUCCCUCCCUCCCUCGUUUCGACGCCCCCUUCUCUUGCCAAAGAUUCGACCUUUUUUGUGCACCGUAACGAGGGUGAUCGUUGGAAUUUGUGGAGAGUCCCUACUCCGACUCCGUCCGAUGUCUGUGUCACCAACCCUUCUGUUUUUCCGGCUGUAGGAGUGUGUUUGGUAAGUUUUUCUCUUGAUGGAAGACCUGAAAGCAGCAUCUGUGGAUCAACGCCCUUGUGUCGAAACCCUAGGAGAACCCGCUACAGAGCGUCGUCUGUUCAGUUCGGGUGAAGAUGGCUGUGGGUCUGGCUUGCAUAUUGAUUCUCUGAAGGAAAAUGGUAAUGAUUUCGAGUCUCAAGUUAAUGGUAAUGGUACAGCUGUUGAUGCUGUGGCAACAGAUGCUGAAGUUGGGAAUGCGAAUGUAAGUUACGGUGUUAAAGGAAGUGAAACUGUAGAUGAAAAAUGUAGCGACUUGGCAUUUCAUUCUGAGGUUCCAGUCGAAGGGGUCGGUAGAAAUACUGAUAUUGUUGAUGGCGUUGAUGCUGCGGUGAGCGGUGUCGGACUGGCGGGUCAGGAUGUCGAAAGAGAGAGCACUAUUACUGUUAGUGCAGGGGUAAGUGCGGGCAUCGUCGAAGAUGUGAUGGCUGGCAAUCUAGAAAAUUGCAAUGCUGGUGGCAACACGGAGGACAUUUUGGCAAAUGUUGAGGUCGGCGAUAGAAAUGUGAGCUCAAGCGGUGAUAGGGGCGAGGAGCUUGGUAAUGAUGCGGUGGUCCUAGACGGAGGAUUGGAAGCCGAUGAAGCACCUGCUUUGAUUGGAGAUAAUUCAUCUGAGAAGAUGAAACUAACUGGCAACGGUAUAUCGCUUUUUGUGGAGUUUCCUGGACCGGCAAGUGGAGCAAUUCAGGAUCAUGUUCUUGAAGGUGGCCAUCAGUUGGGCAUCAAAGAAGAGCAGGAAAGAACUCCGCGUCAGGUGAUGGAUAGGAUGGCAGAUAAUAAUGACGGCAUCAGCUUUGCUGUAGGCGAUGUUGUAUGGGUGAAAACUAAAAGUCAAACGUGGUGGCCAGGAAAGAUUCUAGAUCCUUUAGAUUCGCCGAAAUAUGGUAUGGAAACAUUGGGAGUUGACAAGAGCGAGUGUCUACGUGUUCGGUACCUGGGAAGUGGUCAUGUUUCUUGGUGCCUCCUGUCUCACUUGAAGUCUUUUCAUAUGAACUUUGAGCAGAUGCUGAGACAAAAUAAGUCCAGAAGCUUCAUCAGUGCUGUCGAAAAGGCUGUGGAUGAAUUUGGCACCCGUGUGAGGCUGAAGCUCUUGUGCGCAUCCUCUCUACCAGAAGAUGAAGAUGGGGGUGUAAAGACUGAAGAAGGGGCAAAGGCCUCUGUUUUGGAGGAACUCGGUGAAGUUUCGAGCGGUUUAUUUGAAGCUGAGAAAUUUCUUCAUCAUCUAAAAUGCAUUGCCCUUGCUACUUCUGUGCCUAGCAUGCUUGAACUUACAGUCGUGAAAAAUUACUUAUCUGCCUUCUACUGUUCAAUUGGGCAUCACCAUAUGCCUAUGCAAGUUCUCCGUCCAACGACAGAGACCGAGGACAAUGCUGAGGACUUAAAGGGUAGUGAAGAUGGGUUAAAAACAAAAAAGAAGCGUAAGACCUGGUGUUCUGCUCAGGAACAUGGAAGUGAUGCAGUUGAAGAUGUUAGUGCCGGUAAACUGGAUCCUCUAUCAGAAGAAGAGGCGGGAGGAAACAGUGACUACGGGUCCAAGGAAGAUAAUGAGAAGGGGCUUGAGUCAAGAGCACGAAAGAAGAGCAAGUACCUGUCGUAUCCCUAUGUAAACUGGGGAAAUAAAGAAGGUAUUCCAGAAAUAGGAGAUCAUGGCUCCUUGAAUGGUUCUCAUGAAGGGGCCGGGGUGGAUGCAUGUGGUAUUGAGUUCGCUGGUUCUCCUUCAUUUGUCAAGUCUACCGGUAAGAUAUUCCCAAGCAAAUGGUUUAAAAAGUUGGCUUCUAAUAGUCAUGUCUCCACUCCAGAGUCAUUAAGCAUUUCAUCAGCUGAGUUCUUGGCCGAGCUUUGUUCUGCGGCAUUGGGAUGUACACAUCCUAAUGAAAGUAAUGACUUUGACUCGAUUGGGUGGCUUGCCUACAGAUUUAGAAGUUCAACUUAUCAUGAUCAGGCCAUAUAUGAAAAGUGUGUCAAAGACGUUGCUGAUCCCAAAGAGGGAUUUGCUGCCAGCACUUACUCUGCUGGUAACUCUGAGCUGAAGGGGAGAAGGAAGAGAGGAAAGGCUGGAAAAGGGAAUUCAGAUACUGGAGCUAGCCACAAACAGCAAAUGGGUGGAAGAAUCAAAACAAAGUCUCUCUCCGGCUUAUCAGAUGUGAAUAUUACCUUUGCUACCAGUAGCAGCUCACCCUUGAAGGAUUCUCUGGAGAUGAUCCCUCUCAUGACAAAUGGAAGUCUUAAAGGAGAAAAGACAGGAAAGAAAAGAACGAUGAUGCCUUUGGAUAUGGGGACCAAACAAUUGCAUGGCUUAUUGGAUUUGAAUAAUGACGGUGCCAUACCGAGACCUCAAGGUGAACAGACCCUGGUUACGGGCAUUACUCCUGGAACUGAGCCAAAGAAGAGGAGGAGGAGGAGGAGGAACCAAGAUGAAGUAGCUUCCGCACACUCCGCGUCUCUCACCAAAACGACUGCAGGCUUGCUGACGGUUCCUGAUGAUAUUGCAAACCAAUCUGUGCAUGCUGCUGCUACAGAUACUCACCUGGAUGUUGGAUCUGCAUCUGUCGAUGGCAAGAAUGCGCGGAAGAAGAGAAAGAGAAAGGAGAAAGGUGCGGAAUUAUAUUCUAGUAUACCUGAUUUAAAUGGAACUCAGGUUAUUCCAGGCUCAUCAGGAAAAGAUUUUCAGAAAACUAACUCACUCUCGCCGGCAGUUAAAAUGAAGCAGAAGAGGAGAAGAACAAAAGAAGGAUCCGAGAAUCAGUGUCAGAUUAACAGGCUGGCUACUGGAAGGCUGAUAGAUAGAAUCAGCCCUGGGACAAAUCUAGAAGCCCAAGGAACUGCUCUUAUUUUGACCUUUGCUGCAGGAAGUCCUGUUCCUACGAGGGAAAUUUUAAUCAGCACAUUCUCCCGGUUUGGGCCUCUCAAGGAAUUUGAAACCCAGCUGUUGAAAGAUUCUAAUACAGCUCAGGUGGUCUUCUCUAGGAACACAGAUGCCGAUGACGCAUGUAGGAGCUUGGAGAAGAGCAACCCGUUUGGUUCAGCUCUUAUGAAGUAUCAAGUUCAUCACUUUGACCCUCCAAGCGUCCCGUCUGGAUCGAGCACUAUGCCCAGUGAGGCGCCGCCUCUGAAUUUCAUAAAGCAGAAUUUGGAGAUGAUGACGUCGAUGCUGGAGAACUCGGGAGACAAUCUCUCCCCGGAGACCAAAGCAAAGCUGGAGGUAGAUAUCAAAAGCCUUCUGAGCAAGGUCAGCAAUAUGGUCGGUUCUUCAUCUUCUUCUUCUAAGUAGUAGCUAGAGGCAUCCGAAUGAUCUUCGUCUAGGUUUACAAAUUGCUAGGUGUUGAGGCCAAUUUAUUAGUCUCAAAGUAGCUAGGAUCCUUGUUUUCUGAAUCAACUGUGACAUGAUAGUCUUAUGGCAGGAAUGAGAAACCUUUUGUAGUUUAUGGCUUCUACAGUCUGGCUAUCUAUGACUAUCUUACCUAACUAUUUCGUCA